UCAGAGUAAGAUUGAUUGCUAAGCGCAAUGUUUGUUCCCAUGGAUACAAUCAACAGCAGUGGUUAAAUAACCUUCUAUUUAACUCCUAGACUACUAUUCAGUGGUUCCUCUACGCUCAGCAAUCCACAGCACAUCAACUUCCUGCUUCUUGUCGAUAAAGGAUAGGGUAAAUUACGAUAUAAAUUCAACUGGAUGAAAUACCUACGUAAUAGGCUACCAACAAAACAGGAAUCCAUCAAAGUAACCACUUUGCGAAAUUUAUAUGGAUUUUAUUAGUAACGUAUUCAUCGAUAAAAUUGUGUAGGACAUCAAACUGAAUUUGAUGAGGAUAGUGGUGUAGCUCCUUCUGUACCUCCAUUAGAGAUUAUGGAGAAAAUCCCAGGAUAUGAGAAUAUCACCUACGAAGCAGAGACAGUCCAGCCACCUCCUAAACGAAUUCAGAAUGAAGUAAAAAUUGAGCCGAGAAAAGAUUUGGGAAGAAUUUCUAUACCAGACGCGCAAAUAACUGAAGAGGAGAUAAGAGACGCUCUUAACUAUUAUGUUUCAAAGCAUUGUUGCUAUGGAACAUCCCCGGCUAAAACAAUUGACUUUACUCUCAUCCAACCUACAUACACCUUCCAAUACAAAUUGGAGACAUUCACAGAGCGAAGAGAGAGUUCUUGGGUAUGUGUGCCGUACAAUGGGAGCAGUGAGGUGGAUGGGCCGGAGAACGGAGACCCUCCUCUAGCCUGGGACAUCGAAGUGAUUCCCAAGGGCCGGUUCGAGACAGAAGUCAAAUCGAUUCAGGUCCCUCACACAAGUUCGGUAAAGCAAUGCCUCAGAUGCGCCGGAUCUGGCAGUAUUCUCUGCUCUGAGUGCAGGGGUAAAGGAUGGGUAAGAUGUAUCACAUGCAACGGAGAGGGAUAUAGUGGAGAGGGGCCUGACCAAGAAGUGUGCAUACAUUGUCGUGUGUCAAAGCAUGGCUACGGCAGGCAAGACUGUUACCCUUGUAAAGCAUCUGGCAAACUACUUUGUCCACCAUGUGAAAGUACAGGUCUUCUACUUUGUUACAUUCAGCUUACUGUAACAUGGAAGACAAAUACUUCAGAAAAAAUUGUGAAAAAGACGUGUUUACCAGAGAAGCUGUUCAAUAUGGUAACAGGAAAAGAGAUAUUUUCAGAAGAAGGUCAAAGGGUGGCUCCCUUGCGAGGGUUUCCAGAUGAGUCAAUCAACGAUGUAUCAGCUGAGCUAAUAGAGAGUCAUUCAACACGCUUUUCAGAUCAUAACAUUAUAUCACAGAGACAUAGCAUCACAGCUGUACCUACGGCGAGUGUCACAUACCUAUGGAAAGGAGAAGAAAGACAUUUCUAUUUGUAUGGUCUGGAGAAUAAAAUUCACGCUCCCAACUAUCCUCAAACUUGCUGCUGGGGAUGCAACGUUCUCUGAGUUCAACACUCAAUCGUCACACCUUAUCUAUUUUGUUUCUACUUUAAUUUUUGUAAUAAAUUAAAUACUUCCAACAUAUUGCU